CGAUUCGGAGCAAUGUGCUGGCAGGUGUUGUCGCUCACGUUGACGCGUACACUUUGAAGCGUCGCGUUCUAUCCAUAUCGUCGACGUUCGACCAGUUGUGGGCUCCCGCUCGCGAGCGUGUCCCCGCGUACCUCGGUAGCACGUACGUUCGCGAGUUACGUUUAGCGACCACUCGUCUCGCGUUCUCGGGUUCGUCGCUCGUGUAGUCGCCAGUUUGGCACAAACUACGCUACGGGCGUGCUCGGGAUUGCGAUUUCCCACUCUCUUCCCCCUCCCCGCCGCGUCGAGAAAAAGGGGAUAACCGUGGUGACUGUUGAUACAGUACCGAGCCGCGUUCACAGCGUUCAUCUGCGACCCACAAAGGAAGGAGGGAACCGAGCUGCCUGGCGAAGUUGGCACCGUACACGCGUGUCAGCGGACAGCCAAGUGACAUAGUUUCUACGUGCGAGUUAUUGUGCCUUGAUAUAGAAAUGUUGCCCCGCCGACUUUCCGCGAUGCACGGUGUGGGCUCGUAACGAGCACCGUCAUCGCCUGUCGUCGUCGUUCGCGCUGAACGCGUCCACGUCCCGGUGUGUUCUCUCUCUCUCUUUCUCUCUCUCUCUCUCUCUCUCUCCCUCUCUCGUCUCCGUCUCCGUCUCGCUCACUCGCUCGCUGGCACAUCCCGUCAGCCCAGCCAUUUUCGCGCGGUGCGAUCGCCUCCGUGGCAGAAUCCCGUCUCGCCUACCACGACGCGCGUGGUGCUUCAGGCCGCGGGUAACGGAGUUACCGCACGAGUAGGAUGAUCAACAUGGAAACGGACAAGAUUAUCGACGACGCGAACGCGAGUCUGCAGUACCCAAUGACGAUACUUUACGAUCCCAGUUGUAAAAAAGAACCGUCUACGGGAGCAUCAACGCAAUACGGACAGGAAAAAGAAAUUUGUAUGAAACUGUUUGAGAAAUGGAGCGAGUCAGAGCAAGUGCAGUUUGUCGAACAGCUGUUAGCACGAAUGUGUCAUUAUCAGCACGGACACAUCAACGCGUAUCUCAAACCGAUGUUGCAGAGAGAUUUUAUUUCGCUUCUGCCAAAAAAAGGACUGGACCAUGUGGCGGAAAGUAUUCUUUCGUACCUUGACGCAAAGUCGCUUGUUUCGGCAGAGCUAGUGUGCAAGGAGUGGCAUAGGGUUAUCAGUGAAGGAAUGCUUUGGAAGAAGUUAAUUGAACGGAAGGUCCGAACAGAUUCGGUUUGGAGAGGUCUGGCUGAAAGAAGAGGAUGGAUACAAUAUUUGUUUAAACCAAAACCAGGCGAAGCCCAUCCCAAUCACAAUUUCUACAGGUCACUUUAUCCAAAAAUUGUUAAAGAUAUCGAGAGUAUAGAGAACAAUUGGAGAAUGGGCCGAUUCAAUCUUCAGAGAAUCAACUGUCGCAGCGAAAACUCGAAAGGAGUUUAUUGUCUGCAAUAUGAUGAUCAGAAGAUAGUUUCCGGGCUUCGAGACAACACAAUUAAGAUCUGGGACAGAAAUACUCUGCAGUGUAUCAAAGUAUUGACGGGCCACACGGGUUCUGUGCUUUGUUUACAAUACGAUGAUAAGGCUAUAAUAUCCGGUUCCUCGGACAGUACUGUGAGAGUUUGGGAUGCUACUACAGGCGAGAUGGUCAACACGUUAAUUCAUCAUUGUGAGGCAGUGCUGCAUCUCAGAUUUAAUAACGGCAUGAUGGUUACUUGCUCAAAGGAUCGUUCCAUAGCAGUCUGGGAUAUGACAUCGCAGACAGAAAUUGCGUUGAGAAGAGUAUUGGUUGGGCACAGAGCGGCAGUGAACGUGGUUGACUUUGAUGAGAAGUACAUUGUGUCCGCUAGUGGUGAUAGAACUAUCAAAGUAUGGAACACCUCCAAUUGCGAAUUUGUGCGAACACUGAACGGACAUAAACGCGGCAUAGCGUGUUUGCAAUAUAGGGAUCGCUUAGUAGUUAGUGGCAGUAGUGAUAAUACCAUACGAUUAUGGGAUAUUGAGUGCGGAGCUUGCUUACGUGUUUUGGAAGGGCAUGAAGAAUUAGUGAGAUGUAUUCGUUUCGAUAGUAAGCACAUCGUCAGUGGUGCUUAUGACGGAAAAAUCAAAGUUUGGGAUCUUGUAGCUGCUCUCGACCCUCGUGCCGUUGCCAGUACUUUAUGCUUGCGCACUUUAGUGGAGCACACUGGCCGUGUGUUUCGUCUUCAGUUUGAUGAGUUCCAAAUAGUAUCGUCAUCUCACGAUGAUACGAUAUUAAUUUGGGAUUUUCUUAAUUAUAAUCCGUCAAGCGGAAGUGUAUGUAGUGGACGUAUGCCGAUGGAUGGAGCGCCGAACCAAGCCGAUACUAGAUCUCCUUCCCCAUUUGAGUGACGCAUCAAUACGGAGAUUGCUUCAUUGUGAUAUAAUUACAAGUGGUUAGUGAGUGAAUCCAGUGUAUUCACGACAAUGUAUGCAAAUAAUAAAAUGUUUCAUGAUGAAUGUCCGGUGUGAACAGCAGCUAUAUACAAAAACGUCUGAGGGAAGAAUUUGAUUUUGAUUUAUUGUUUGCUGGGACAGCAAAAGAAAUUCUCCGAAAAAGAGGAAAGUAAAACGGACUAAUUUGAGUGAAACUAUAAAUUAUAAUUUAUAUAUGCGCUUGACGCAACGCGUUUAGGAACGAACAGUAUGUUUAAAGCCGCAUAAAUACAUCCCAUGGAUGUAAAUAAUUGUCGUCGUCUGCUUUGGCCAUACAUGGAAUUCUUCUACGCUUUUUGACAUGCUAGAAGUCAAGACCAUUUUCCUACGGUGAAAGAAAUAAAAAAAAAGAAAGACUUACAAUACGUAAUGUAGCAAAACAUUUUUAGGGAGGCUGGCUAUUACACUUAAUAAGACAUUAAAUGUAUUAUAGUAAAAGAAAUUAAUAAUUUUUUUAUAUAAUUAAUUUAUGAGAUAAAAAAUUGUAAAAUGUUUUUUGAUUGGAGUACUUAUCUUGUGUGAAUGUGUAAAGAAAAUUGUUACAUGGAAGAAUUAUCGUGUUUCACCGUCUUUAAAUAGCUCGUACAAAGUGCUAUACACCCGUGUUUAGAAUUGCGAAAAAAAUGAUUAUAAUACAAAUACAACAAUUUUUUGUGGACAUUCGAA